AUGGCAGAUAGCAUUGCUUCUUUUGUUACAGAUAAUGUACUCAAAUGCAUAAAAGAUGAGGCAGAACUGCUGAUAGGGUUGGAUGAUCAGGUCAAGAGCCUCAAAGAUCAGCUCGAAGUAAUAGAUGCCAUCCUUGUGAGAAGCGAGAGGGCUCGCCUUCGGCACCAUGGACCAAUAGAGGUGCUGAUGGGGCAAUUGCGAGAUAUAGCUUGUGAUGCUGAGGAUACGAUCGACACAUACAGUGCGAAAGAAUGCAUUCGGAAUGAAAGAAGCUUGAUUGGAAGUAUAAUUGACUGGCCUAGGGAGCAAUGGUCUAAACAUGAGGUCGCGAAAAAGAUUGAAGACAUAAGUGGAAGGAUUGAUCGUAUUAAGCGAGACUUGGAUUCGAGUGGGAUCAAUCUAAAUCAAGCUCUACAACCUCCUUCUUUUCAGGGCCAGCCACAGCAGAAGCGGCGGCGUGUCGAAGAAAAUGAGGUUGUUGGUUUUGAUGAUGAGUCAAAUACGAUAACAAGGCGAUUGCUCCGCCGUCAAGGAGAGAACCACCAUCUCACUGUUGUCUCGAUCGUGGGUAUGGGCGGCAUGGGUAAGACUACGCUUGCCAAGAAAGUCUACAAUGACCUUGAGGUGAAGAAGCACUUCGAACAAGGUUGUGCUUGGGCACAUGUGUCCCAAGACUACAGCCAUAAACAGCUACUACUAGUCAUUCUAAAAGCUUUCAAGAGAUUAACAAUAGAGGAGAUGAAGAUGGAGGAGGAAGAGAUUGGGGAGCUGCUUUUGCAAUGCCUCAAGGGGAAAAGAGUUUUGUUCACAACUCGUGUGGAACAUGUAGCAAGGGAAGCCGAUCCAACUCCACAUCGUUUGAAAUUUCUCAGCCCUGAUGAGAGCUGGGAACUACUUAAGAAGAAGGUGUUCGGAGGAGAAAAAUGCAACAAACUAUGGGAGGAAUCUGGGAGAAAGAUUUCCAAGAAAUGUGGGGGCCUUCCAUUAGCUAUUGUUGUUCUUGGUGGUGUAUUGUUUUACAAAUGGACGAAGACAUUUGAUCAGUGGUCUAAGGCAGUUGACUGUGUGAGUUCUAUCCUUUCUGAGCGUCCAAAGGAUUGCAAAGAGAUACUGAAGUAUAGCUAUGAUGAUCUACCUCUUCAUCAGUUGAGGGUUUGCUACCUCUAUUUUGCUGCUUUCCCCGAAGAUUUCGAGAUUCCUACAAAACGGUUGAUUCGACUAUGGGUUGCAGAAGGACUGGUUCAAGUUCCUCCCCGUAGCUACGAAACAAGCGAGCAAGUCGCAGAACAUUAUUUGGAUGAGCUAAUCGAUAGAAGCCUUGUUGAAGCAGUGAAGAGAAGAUCUAAUGGUGGUGUGAAGACAUGUAAAAUCCAUGAUCUUCUCCGAGAUCUUUGCAUUGAUGAAGCCCAGAAGCAAAAAUUUAUCAUCCAGUACCAGGAGCGAGGCAUUGAUGAACAGUUGAUUUCCAUCAUACCACGACGACUAGCCGGAAAGUCUAAUCUUCUGAGGUACAUUUACUUAAAGUGUUCUUCUAAACCACUUCGCUCUAUUCUCUGCUUCAUCCACAGAGAACUUGUUCAUGGCAUUAAUACUAACUUAACAUCUUUUUGCAAUAACCUUCAAUUGCUUAGAGUGUUGGACCUUGAGGGUAUAAUUGUUGAUACCUUACCAGAUGAAAUAGGUAAACUGUUUCACUUGAGGUACUUGAGCUUGGGCAUUACAACACUUACAAAGCUUCCAGAUUCAAUUUGCAACCUGAGGAACCUCCAGACCCUAGUUGUAAAAUCUAAGUCCAUCCACUCUAUACCUUCAGGGAUCUGGAAAUUGAAAAAAUUAAGGCAUGUGUACCUCCAAGGUCAGACUCUCCUUUCCCCACCGACCUCCACUAUGGACAAUGAAUCCUCUUUGGUGGAUCUCCAAACUCUAUCCACAAUAUGUCCCAGUAGUUGUACUGAAGAGAUCUUUGCCCAAAUGCCCAAUCUAAUCAAAUUAGGGGUAGAAGGAGACUUGCAAUCCAAGUUGGAGUCUUUAGCCAAGAGUAGGGACAAAUUGCAACAACUCAAGUCAUUGAAGUUGAAAAGAGAUCUUACUUCUGCACCUGUCAUAAUGCUUCCAAGAAAGUUUCCAGAAAACCUCACAAAGAUCAGUUUACACAACACUGAACUGGAAGCAGACCCCUUGCAGCAGUUGGGACAGUUAAAGCAACUCCAGAUCCUGAAAUUGAUGGAGCAAUCUUAUGUGGGAUACACACUAUCCUUCAAUUCUGAAGACUUCGAACGCUUGCUAGUCCUGCAGCUGAUGAACUUCUAUGAUCAUGAAUUCAAAUUGGAAAUGGAGGAAGGAGCACUACCAAGCCUUGAGCGAUUGGUUAUCCACAAUUGCCAUUCUCUACAGAGAGUUCCCGAUGAACUUUGGGACUUAACAACUCUGGAAAUAAUAAACUUGUGGGAGCCAUCAGGACCAGUGAGAAGUGUGAUUCUACAAAAGGAAAAUGAGAUAAAGCAACGAUGCAAGAUCGAGAUGUUUCCGCCGGAGACACACUAG